GCGCCGCCCCCUCGGUUGCCCGGGCUGAGCUGAGUCGGCUCGGGCCGUCUCCUCAGCUCGGGCCCCGCGCGCGGCCCCCGUGACUCGCCAGUGCGCGGCCCGGCCCAGCUCGCUCCCCCUGCCCGAAGCCGGCGGCCUGGCCCAGCGCGGAGCGGAGCCGGCACCAUGUGGCUGGGCCCCGAGGAGGUGCUGCUGGCCAACGCGCUCUGGGUCACCGAGCGGGCCAACCCCUUCUUCCUGCUGCAGCGGCGGCGGGGCCACGGCAAGGGCGGCGGCCUGACGGGUCUGCUUGUGGGAACCCUUGAUGUGGUUUUGGAUUCCAGUGCUAGAGUCGCCCCUUACCGGAUCCUGCACCAGACUCAGGACUCGCAAAUCUAUUGGGCAGUGGCGUGUGGCUCAUCUCGUAAGGAGAUCACAAAGCAUUGGGAAUGGCUAGAGAAUAACUUGCUGCAGACUCUCUCCAUCUUUGAUAAUGAGGACGACAUCACCACUUUUGUCAAGGGCAAGAUACAUGGCAUUAUUGCUGAAGAGAACAAGAAUCAGCAGCCCCAGGGUGAAGAGGAUCCAGGUAAAUUUAAGGAGGCUGAACUCAAGAUGCGGAAACAGUUUGGAAUGCCUGAGGUGGAGAAGCUAGUCAAUUACUAUUCUUGCAGCUAUUGGAAAGGGCGUGUUCCAAGGCAGGGCUGGCUGUAUCUGACUGUCAAUCACAUCUGUUUCUACUCCUUCCUGCUGGGCAAAGAAGUGACCCUGGUAGUCCAGUGGGUGGACGUGACACAGCUGGAAAAAAACGCCACACUGCUGUUCCCUGAGUGCAUUAAAGUGAGUACCAGGGAUAGCGAGCUUUACUUCUCCAUGUUCCUCAACAUCAAUGAGACCUUCAAGCUGAUGGAACAGCUGGCUAAUAUCGCCAUGCGACAGCUAUUGGACAACGAGGGCUUCCUGGAGGACAAAUCCCUUCCCAAGCCCAGCAAGCCUCUAAAGAACAUCUCUGCACUCAAAAGAGAUCUGGAUGCUCGAGCCAAAAAUGAUUGGUACCGUGCCACCUUCCGGCUGCCCAAGGAUGAACGCCUGGAUGGACAUACAGACUGCACCUUGUGGACUCCAUUUAACAAGAUGCACAUCCCUGGCCAGAUGUUUGUUUCCAACAAUUAUAUCUGUUUUGCCAGCAAGGCAGAGGAGGCCUGUCAUCUCAUCAUUCCACUCAGGGAGGUGGCAGUUGUUGAGAAAGCAGACAGCUCCAGUGUCUUGCCCCGCCCUCUCUCCAUCAGCACCAAAAGUAAAAUGACCUUCCUCUUCGCCAACCUGAAGGACCGAGAUUUCCUGGUACAGAGAAUCUCUGACUUCUUGCAGAGAACACCAUCAAAGAAAUCGGAUGGCUCUGGCAGAAAGUGGAAGGGGAGCUUCAGUGACACUGGAUGUGAGGAGUUUCCAGAGUUCUCUUCCAUUAGUCCACCUGCAGUCAGCCCAACCUCUACUCUCAACAACCAGUUGGUCAGCUUCUGUACAGGGGAGGUGCCAACAGCCUCCCAGGGGCUACUCAAACUCUUCAGGAGAGACUCCGAGGAGCUCUUAGGACCCAAAGCGGCAAAGGAGAAGAUGAAGGAAGAGUCAUGGAAUAUUCAUUUCUUUGAGUAUGGGCGAGGAAUGUGUAUGUAUCGCACAGCCAAGACCCGCGAACUGGUACUAAAAGGGAUCCCAGAGAAUCUUCGUGGAGAGUUGUGGCUCUUGUUCUCAGGGGCCUGGAAUGAGAUGGUGACGUUUCCUGGGUACUAUGCAGAGCUGGUGGAAAAGUCAAUGGGGAAAUACAGCCUUGCCACAGAGGAAAUUGAGCGAGACCUGCACCGUUCCAUGCCAGAGCACCCUGCCUUUCAGAAUGAGUUGGGGAUCGCUGCCCUUCGGAGGGUCCUGACAGCUUACGCAUUCCGAAACCCCACAAUCGGGUACUGUCAGGCCAUGAACAUUGUAACAUCGGUACUGUUGCUGUACUGCAAUGAGGAAGAGGCUUUCUGGCUCCUAGUGGCCUUGUGUGAGCGGAUGCUGCCAGAUUACUACAAUUCCAGGGUAGUGGGUGCAUUAGUGGACCAAGGCAUUUUUGAGGAGCUCACGCGAGACUACCUUCCACAACUGUCAGAGAAGAUGCAGGAGCUGGGAGUGAUUUCCACCAUUUCUCUCUCCUGGUUCCUCACCCUCUUCCUCAGCGUCAUGCCCUUUGAGAGUGCUGUGGUCAUUGUUGACUGCUUCUUCUACGAGGGUAUCAAGCUUAUCUUGCAGGUGUCUCUGGCCAUCCUGGAUGCCAACAUGGAGAAGCUGCUAAACUGCUGUGAUGAAGGCGAAGCCAUGACUGUCCUGGGCAGGUACCUGGACAAUGUAAUUAAUCGACAAAGUAUUUCCCCACCUAUUCCACACCUGCAUGCCUUACUCACAAGUGGAGAUGAGCCACCACUUGAAAUUGACAUCUUUGAACUCAUCAAAACAUCUUAUGAGAAAUUCAGCAACUUGAGGGCAGAUGACAUUGAACAGAUGCGCUUUAAGCAAAGAUUGAAGGUGAUCCAAUCCCUGGAAGACACAGCCAAGAGGAGCGUGGUCCGAGCUAUAUCUGGUGACAUUGGUUUUUCUAUGGAAGAACUAGAAGAGCUUUAUAUGGUGUUCAAGGCAAAACACCUGACAAGCUGUUAUUGGGGGAGCAGCCACACUGCAGCCGCCCACCGAGAUCAGAGCUUGCCCUACCUGGAGCAGUAUCGCAUUGACCUGGAGCAGUUCAGAGAGCUGUUUGACAGUCUAACCCUCUGGUCCUGUGGCCUCCACACACCUGUGCUGGCAGGGCGAAUGUUCCGGCUUCUAGAUGAGAACAGGGACUCUCUCAUUAACUUCAAGGAGUUUGUUACAGGGAUGAGUGGGAUGUACCAUGGUGACCUGACUGAGAAGCUUAAACUACUUUACAAAUUGCACCUGCCUCCAGCUCUGAUCUCAGAAGAGGCUGAGUCUGCUCUGGAAGCCACAAGUUAUUUCACAGAGGAUAUCUCGACAGAAGUAUCUCCUUUUGUCUCCGAGCUGGAUUUCUUCUUGCACUGUGAGUCUCAAGAAGCAGCUACUCAGGAAGACAGAGGAGGGAGAAAUGAGGAUUCCAAAGAAAAAGAGGAGAAGGGUACCAGCCCCCAGGAUUACAGAUACUACCUGCGAAUGUGGGCCAAGGAAAAGUAUUCCAAGAAAGAAACCAUCAAGGAUCUCCCCAAAAUGAACCAGGAGCAGUUUAUAGAGUUAUGCAAGACCCUUUACAACAUGUUCAGUGAGGACCCAGUGGAACAAGAGCUGUACCAUGCCAUUGCCACUGUAGCCAGCCUCCUCCUACGAAUUGGGGAGGUUGGAAAAAAAUUCUCCAACCGACCCAUGAAGAAGACUGAUGACUGCAAAGCAAAUAAUACCCAGGAUGCUGUGAGUGAAGAGGAGUCACCAAUGUCUGAACACAGUCAAAAUUCAGCAGUGGAGCAGCAACCCCAAGCUGACCCUGGAGACGGCGCUUCCGGCGAUAUCCAGGCUGGAAAAAGCCAGCAGGAAAAACAAACCCCAGGAGAUGGGGAUGGUGGAGAAGGACCAGGAUCUCCUAUACAGCUCCUGUCAGACGAUGAAACCAAAGACGAUAUGUCCAUGUCUUCCUACUCCAUGGUCAGCACGGGUUCCCUGCAGUGUGAAGAUAUUGCAGAUGACACAGUCCUAGUUGGUUGUGAAGCUAGCAGUUCAGCUGCAAGGUAUGGCAGCACCAUUGACACUGACUGGUCUAUCUCCUUUGAGCAGGUCUUGGCUUCCAUGCUUACAGAGGCAGCCCUGGUCAACUACUUCGAGAAGAAGGUUGACAUUGGCCUGAAGAUAAAGGAGCAGAAGAAAGUAGAGAGGCAGUUCAGCUCAUCCAGUGACUAUGAUCUCUCCUCCUCAGUGUCAGGCUGAACUCAAGGAAAGCAGUAAUGUCUCAGGUGAUAAAGGGUGAGGCUAUAGACAUUGGGCAGAUGGCAGGAGUUUUUUACCGAGACCAAUAACUACACAACAACUACAGUAGAUUCUGCUGAAUAAGUGGCUUGUCACAGUGGCUGUUUAACAUACACCUCUCUGGAGACCCUGCUUGGUGGAAUUACAUUACAUUCUCAAGAGCAUGAAAGCUAUUAGAACCUAAUAGCCCCUAAGGCUUGCAAUUACCAAUGUAAAUUAUGCAUGUCUGCCUCUGGCUAUCUUUUUUAAAUGAAGUUUUAUUUCAAACACAGCCACUCCAUGCCCUACCCUCAUUUGCUGUAGGUUCCUGGGUAGUUUUGUACAGAAGAUGCAGCCCAGCUUGAAACUCUGUACGUCGUUGGCUGCCACUCUGUGAUCUAAGCAGUAUGUCCAAGUGCUCUAGGUCCUUGGCCUAUAAAAUAGUCUUAUUAGGUUCUUAGAUACUGUGCUGUACCUUGGCAGAUGUAUUGCAAUUGUAUCCCAUUGAUCCCAGCAUCCUGAGAUUUGAAUGCAGUAGUUUCUCAGAUCUGGAGGCUUCUAUUGGAUGUGAUUUGCCAUCCCAGUAGCGUGUGGUUUUUCAACAUUUUACAAGAAGGUUUCAUGUAAACACUGUUUUCUAAGCCUCUGUUUUUAACUCUUUGACACAAGGAAUUGGUGGUUUUGAAUUGUGUCUGAAGCCACAAGCUCCUUGGCAUUGAUGCAUAAGAAGCAGUAGGGCUGUAAUAGAUAUUGGGUCUGCCAAGGGGUUAGAUCAUGGAGGCAAGUCCUGAACUGGAAAUCAACUUAUUGGAGCCUAGUUGUUACAAGCUGUCGGUACACAGAUCUGUUUUUCUUACUCGUGUUGUUUCUCACAUUAGGUCAUCACAGCCAUUAGCUUUUAAAAGAAAAAUAUCUAUGUAAUUAUAUUGUCAGGAAAUUAUUUACUUCAUUUUAAUAUACUAAUGAUGGAUCCAAUUUUUAAUAAGAUCCAUAGUAAAUUUGUCGUAAAUCAGUCAACUAUCAAUGUAUGACCCAGGUUUACAGAACCCAUGUCAACCACUAAAUGAUCACAGAGCAAACGUAUCACUUAGCAGAUCAGUUUCUCACUGUGGACAGGACCACAGCAGAUCUGAUCUAUAUGAGGCAGAAAACUUACAUGAGCACCUGGUGCCACUUGUGACUGUUCCUUGUAGCCUCUCUGAAGUACAGUGCUUUCCAGGAGCCUGUGCAUCUCCAGGCCUCCUGUACAACAGGAGUCCAAAGAGCUGUUUACCCCUCAGUCCUGAGAAGUAAAGCAAAAGCGUGAGGAAAGUUGUGGUGUUCUCCUCUCAGCCAUCACUCUAAUAGCUGAAAUCUGAACAGACUAGCUCACCCGUAAGUUUAAAAGCUUACAUAGCUGGAGGGAGUGCCACAGAUUACCCUCUGCAAAUUAACUGUGGACCAGCGGAAAGUAGAUGCUCCAUUUGGGAAUGGUAACCUCCCUGUGGGAGGGCCUCGCCUCCCAGGAAGCAUCAUUUCUUUUCAUACAGACAUAUUCAUCUCAUUACAAAAGCAUCUGUGUUCCAGUGGCAUGUGCCUCAUUGGCAGAGAGUGAGAAUGUUGGCAUGUGGCUGGUGCAGACCCAGUACUGAGGGUGAGCCACAUUGGUGCUUCAGGCUGGUGUUCAGAACAGAUGGGGAUGACAAAGACUGGAGCCAGCUGAUGGAUGUUCCCAAGAAAGGUACCAUUUUAUGCGAUGUUCAGUGUUACUUCCUUUUGUGGUGUUCUCUCUGUAUUCACAGCCAAUGCUAUAUUUCUUAAUUCUCUGCCUCCUCUGUCAUGCACCUCUGGAGAGCAGCUCUAGUAAAAUUGCUUUUAUUAAUUCUUCAGUAAUUUAUUGUAAUUUUUUUAAGUACAGAUAAUACAUGUGAUUUUACAUUGUCUGUGUCUGAUCUGUCACGUGCUCAAUAAAUGAACCAGAAUACACACACA